GGAUUACUUCGAUGAGGUGACAGUUGCGGCGGCAAGCAAGAACGAGUGCUUCCGUUUGCAGGGCUUGCAGGUGUGGGCAGAGCUUGUCGACAGGCCGGCCGUCCCAGCCGCCUUGAAGGAUUCAAUGUCCAUGGACCUCCAAGAGGCCGAGGAAGCGGCGGCGAAGGCCAAGUUUGCAGAAGUCAAGGCUCGCAUUGCGGCGGACAGCAAGACCAUGACAGAGUACAACAUGGCUCGCUCUCGAAUCGAGUCCCAACGGCACGUCCUGACUGUCAUGCACCACAAGGAGCAGGAGACGAUUGGCAAAAAGCUUGUGGACGCUCACAUGCAGAGCAAGGCAUUCAUGGUGGCCACCACGGACCUCGUUCUCCCUCCGAGCUUCGAUAUCUUCAUGAAGAACGUGGCGACUAAGACCUCGCAGACUAUCUCCAACCUUCGCGUCAUUGGCUACAUCGACGCAACAAAGUUCGGGAUCCUGCUGCAGACGGACAUCGACAAGAUCGCCAAUUGGGCUGAAAAAUUGGUUGCGAGGAACCCCCUUGGAACAUGCAUCGUCGUCCUGCUGCCCCUUCUGGCGUCGGCCAGCGGGGCGGGGUCGCUUCGUGCCGACGUGAGGCGCCUGGAAGACAAAUUGCUGCACCACAACCUGGACUUCCGCCCGUUUCACGUGGUGAUGGAUUCUGCAAACAUUCACGCCAACAGCAGUUGCCCAGAGGCUUAUAUGGCCCUGUUGUGCAUCUCUGAUGCAACCCUUCCCAGCAAGGGCACGGGGCACAAAGUGUCACGUGUCUCGGAAAAAGUCGAUCCGACAAGCGUGAAUCAAUGGUGUUCCAGUGCUCUCUGGACCAGGCAAACCCUGGGCGCUCGACCCAAGCAACUUGCAGAAUCCGAUUAUGUGACCCUCAGUGCUGCAACCAGCCACGAGGGGAGAAGGAACUUGACGGAUUUUCAGGAGACCGCACAGUGGAUGGGCGGCAAAGACCUCCCCGCAUGCAUCCUUCAACGCUUGGUCGGUCAUUCCUCUGAAUUACGGCAUUACGUAGGUGAUGACCUACCGCUGAGACAGCGAACCGUGGUCGUGCACUGUUCCCUCUUCGAUGGAUGUGUGGAGGCUGCAUGCCUGGACAUGUCUAUGACAAGCUAUAGUUGCGCAGAUGACAAUCGGGCCUUUCAGACUGGCUGCAGCGCAUACAAGCAUAUCUGCCUGAAUCUGUGGAAGCAGGCAGCCGCACCCUUCGACAAGAUUCGCCCGAGCUUUGUCCCCGAGCCCACGAACCUGCCGCUGCAGGCAGACGCUCCAAGCUUCCAGAUUUGCCAUUUGCAUGACAAUGCCCUGACGCUUCCUCGCGACAUCAGAGGAAUGUUCCUCGGGGAUCCGGUGAGGGCCCCCGAGUGGAAGGACAUCUUGAGGGAUUUCGACCGUUGCUACGGAGUAGCGGGCUCAGUCUCAGCCCCGCCCCAGACCGGUGCCAGCGAGACACCGAUCCCGGAAGUGGACUGGACCUCGAUUUUCCCGGAUGUCCCACAAUUCUCGGAAAGCAAGGUCAAGGCAAAGUACGCCUUCGCAGGAGUUCAGGGUGUGACGUGCUAUGUCGUGGAGCCGGCAGACUAUGAUGGUGAGACGGGCAAAGCAGCAAAGUAUGAGCUGUGGGUCGCUGCCACAUGUGAGGCAACGAUCCCUGGGACAAUCCCGUUUUUGACAUAUGGUGCGGGCUCCUGGCUGCUGGAUGGCAAAGCAGAGACCGCGCUUCGGGAAACACCGGAGAAAGUGAUUGCUUGGAAGUUCAACUCGUGCACCGUGCAAGUCGUCCUGGAGGAUGGGGCCUUGUUGCAUGCAUCAUCUGUCACGUCAACAUGCAUAAAACCAAUUCAAGAUGUGAAACUUGAGGAGGAAGGCAGCGACAGCGAGCUGAUGACCCUGCUGCAGCUGGUCCAGAAGAUCGAACGGAUGGGUCACAUGGACAUCGCCGUCUCUGGCCAUGUUGCAGAGCGGCCGCCAGAAGUAGUUCAGGGCAACAUGCCGGACACGCUUGGCUCCGAGUUUCUACCAUAA